ACCCGGCCAAGGCCCCCCGACCCGCCGGGCAGAGCCCCCGUGAGGAGGAGGAGGCGCCCCAGCAAGGCCAGCAGCCUGGAGGGCCGGCGCAGGGCCCAGCCAUGCGGGAGACGGCCGUGCCGUCGGGCACGGAGCCGGCCUAGCCGGGCCUCGGGAGAAGCAAGGUCGCACCCCCGUGUGGACGCCUCGCAGCUGCUCCCCUUCGCCUCCGGACGCGCGGGGCAGAAGGUGCCGGCCGGAAGGUCAGGAGACCUGCUAGGUGAGGCGCAGAAACCUUCCACGCACCGGCGUGGCCAUCGUCAUCCCCGAAUCCUGUGCUCCCCAGGCCACCAGCCAGCUGUCUCUGGAUGUGCUGGACUGCUAUCCCCAUGGUGCUGGCUGUGAAUGAUGGGGUUGCCGGCCACCAUGUUGAGCGCAGCUGGAUGGGGAGAGCUGAGCCAGUGCAGGACAGAAAACGGCGACCGGGGAGCCCUGCACCUCCAGAAGCAGCGAGGACAUCAGCCAGCCACGUGCCGAUGAAUAUCCCCAAGUGACGCGGGGAAUUGGAGCCAUGGCCGAGCCCUAGGCCCUGGCUCUGGGAACAGGAAGGCUCCUGCCCAUGUGCAGAGGGCUUCUCCAUGAGGUGUGGAAGUGUGUGGCCUUGCUUCUGGCUCUUGGGGGCCGCUGGGACCUCCUGCCCUUCAAGGAGAAGCGGUCAGGUCUGGGGAGGGCGGACAUCAUCUGGACCCAUGCCUGCCUGAGGGCCGGCUGCAUCACCCCACGGCCAUGAAACGUGGCUCUGCUGUGGCAGGCUGCCCAGACCAGUUCCUGAAGCCGUGAGCAGCACGGGGUGGCGCUUCCUGCCGCUCUCGGGUCUCAGUGCGACCGCAAAAGGACUCAGGUGCAGAUUCGGGUUUUACCCUUCUUCCAAAGCCUUUCCUCCUUUGACCUGACUCUGAAUCCUCCCUGCCAGGCUUUUGAUCAGUCUUUUUAUUGAUUGUGAGGCAUUCAUUCAUCAAAUUAAAACGGCAGGUUCAACGAAAUAUUUAAAAUAAUGCAAAUGCAGCACUGGAGCUAGAGACAACAGCAGGCAGGGCCUGGUGCCUGCGAAGUGCCGGGCCUUGCUGUCUCUGGCCGGACUGGGCCAUGUGUGGCCGGGGAGCCUGGGUCCCCAGCCAUGCAGCCAGGGCGCUGGUGGGGAUGAGCCUGAUCUCCCUCGCAGGGCGGUUGUGAGGAUAAAAGGAGGGUGGACGAUGACGACAGGAGAGCCAAAUAUAUGACUGUGAGGUUAUGAAAGAGACGCGCAAUCCACGAAUGGAGGAAACAGAAGAAUUACUCUCGCUUAAAUUAUUGGUAGCAAAAUCUUUUAAAAAACAUUUCUCAGUAAUAGCAUUCAGUAGAGUUGUCUGUGUAGCUUCCUUUCCCGGCCGGCGAACCCUCAGAGGCGCUUGGGCAAAUCUGUGUUUUCAUGGGCCCAGGCCACUCUCUGGAUGGGCUCUCUGCAACUCCCAUCAUCCCCACCCAGCAAAUCCCUGUGCACUUGCAGUGCUGGAAUCAGACAGGAGUUCAAGGCCUGCGGCAGUCAGUGGGCAGCGGAGGGCAAAGCGUCUGCUAGCGGCAGAUCCCUGGAACCUCAAUUUUACUUUGUGUGGUGUGACUGAAUGCAUAAAGCAACAUGUUUAAGUGCCAUCUCAAAGCAGCUUCAGUCCCGUCUGGCCUUGCAGUGGUCUACACUGCAGGGCUGUUGUGAGCCACACGUGCAGCCUUCUGCCCUGCCGGGCUUGCAAUGUGGAAAUUAGCUUUUCUAAAGGCCUAGAAAGCCCUGGAUGCAGGUCAAAAUAAUUUUCUACAUACACAAAAAUGUAUAAAGGAUGCUUGAAAAUGAACCCGGAAUCUCCCCUCCGCGGAAGCGAGAUGGGCUUCUCUACCAGUGGCCUCUGGGGCCAAGGAAUGAAGUCUGCGGCUGCGCGGGAACAGCGCUUCCGGCUUCCCAAACCAUCGAGAUUAGGAGGAGGAGCGGCCUGUUGUGCACUUCCGGCUUCGCGUUUUCCGCCGGAGGAGCGGGGCAGUGCCCGGAUGAGGCAUGUCUUCCAGCCGGGACGGGGGGCUGCGGCUGCUCUGUCUCCAUGGAUACCGGCAGGACGCGGGCAGCUUCCGGGCGCGCACUGGCGCUCUGCGCAAGGCCCUCCGCGGGCGCGCGCAGCUGCUGAACGUGGACGCGCCUCACCUGGAGACUCCGAAUCAGACGUGCUGGAAGCCGACUCGCGGGGGUGGUGGUUCUCAAACCCCCAGGAGGGGACGUUCAGUGCCCUGGAAGAGGCGUCCUCCUGCCGAGGCCUGGAGGAAUCUCUCUCCGGGGUGGCCCAGGCCUUCGUGGAGCAUGGCCCCGUUGACGGGCUGCUGGGGUUCAGCCAGGGGGCGGCCCUGGCUGGCAUCAUCUGCGCUCUGAAGCAGCAGGGAGACGCCCGCUUCCCGUUCGACUUCGCCAUCCUGAUCGCGGGCUUCAAGAGCCGGGCCGUCUGCCACUGCGGCUACUACCAGGGCCCCAUUGCUGUGCCCAGCCUGCACGUCCUGGGGGAGACGGACCAGGUCAUCCCUGCUGAGAUGAGCAGAGAGCUGGCCUCGCACUUUGUGGAGCCCGUCAUCCUCACCCACCCGGGGGGACACUUCAUCCCGGUCUCCACCCCACAGAAGAAAGCUUACCUGGAAUUCUUAAACCGGUUUAUAAAGUAGCAGGUGGUCCAGGAGACGUGCCUGGUGCCGCAGUGGCCCGGGAGAGGACCCGGGAGACGAGGGCCGCGGAAGGAGCACUGCGCGCCAGCCCGUCUCGCUGCCCAGGUUGUGGGGUGUCACUCACUGUCCUGUCCAAUGCAAACAUGACCUGUGAGGUCUCAAAAA